CUGUUCUGUGCUCAGUGUUCUCGUGGUGAUGCAAGUCGGCUCUCUCCUCCAGCAGUUGGGUCCCUCCCAUCGCACAGCACCUCACAGGUCUCUUCCCCGAGCAGUGCGUUGCUGGAGCGAAGAGCAGCUCACGAAUCAGCUGCAGGUCCCCGUUUUGAAAAGCAGAGAUACAGAGGCAGAGGAAACGGGUGGACUCCUGUGUGACCUGGUCUCAGAGCAAGACAAUCACCAGCUGAAUUCCAGAAGCCCUGUUCAUGUUUGGGGAUAUUUUUUCGACUGCAUGGAAUCAGAGAGAAGCCAAAGGAUGGGAACUGCCUGCAUCCCCCUGAAAAGAAUUGCUUAUUUCCUAUGUCUCUUAUCUGCGCUUUUGCUGACUGAGGGGAAGAAACCAGCGAAGCCAAAAUGCCCUGCCGUGUGUACUUGUACCAAAGAUAAUGCUUUAUGUGAGAAUGCCAGAUCCAUUCCACGCACCGUUCCUCCUGAUGUUAUCUCAUUAUCCUUUGUGAGAUCUGGUUUUACUGAAAUCUCAGAAGGGAGUUUUUUAUUCACACCAUCGCUGCAGCUCUUAUUAUUCACAUCGAACUCCUUUGAUGUGAUCAGUGAUGAUGCUUUUAUUGGUCUUCCACAUCUAGAGUAUUUAUUCAUAGAAAACAACAACAUCAAGUCCAUAUCAAGACAUACUUUCCGGGGACUAAAGUCUUUAAUUCACCUGAGCCUCGCAAACAACAAUCUCCAGACACUCCCAAAAGAUAUUUUCAAAGGCCUGGAUUCUUUAACAAAUGUGGACCUGAGAGGGAAUUCAUUUAACUGUGACUGUAAACUCAAGUGGCUAGUGGAAUGGUUGGACCACACCAAUGCAACUGUUGAAGACAUCUACUGUGAGGGUCCCCCAGAAUACAAGAAGCGCAAAAUCAAUAGUCUCUCGCCCAAGGAUUUUGAUUGCAUCAUUACAGAAUUUGCAAAGUCUCAAGACCUGCCUUAUCAAUCACUGUCCAUAGAUACUUUUUCUUAUAUGAACGAUGAGUAUGUAGUCAUUGCUCAGCCUUUUACCGGAAAGUGCAUCUUCCUUGAAUGGGACCAUGUAGAAAAGACCUUCCGAAAUUAUGACAACAUUACAGGCACAUCCACUGUAGUGUGCAAGCCUAUAGUCAUUGAAACUCAGCUCUAUGUUAUUGUAGCCCAGCUGUUUGGCGGCUCUCACAUCUAUAAGCGAGACAGUUUUGCAAAUAAAUUUAUAAAAAUCCAGGAUAUUGAAAUUCUCAAAAUCCGAAAACCCAAUGACAUCGAAACAUUCAAGAUUGAAAACAACUGGUACUUUGUUGUUGCUGACAGCUCAAAAGCUGGUUUUACUACCAUUUAUAAAUGGAAUGGAAAUGGAUUCUACUCCCAUCAAUCCUUACAUGCGUGGUACAGGGACACCGAUGUGGAAUAUCUAGAAAUAGCCAGAACACCUCAGACACUCAGAACGCCUCACUUAAUCCUUUCCAGUAGCUCCCAGCGUCCUGUAAUCUAUCAGUGGAACAAAGCAACUCAAUUGUUCACUAACCAAACAGAUAUCCCUAACAUGGAGGACGUCUAUGCCGUCAAGCACUUCUCGGUGAAAGGUGACGUGUACAUUUGCUUGACAAGAUUCAUUGGUGAUUCCAAAGUAAUGAAAUGGGGAGGUUCCUCCUUUCAGGACAUUCAGAGGAUGCCAUCACGAGGGUCCAUGGUGUUCCAGCCUCUUCAGAUAAAUAACUACCAAUAUGCAAUUCUUGGAAGUGAUUAUUCCUUCACGCAAGUGUAUAACUGGGAUGCAGAGAAAGCCAAAUUUGUGAAAUUUCAGGAAUUAAAUGUUCAAGCACCAAGAUCAUUCACGCAUGUGUCCAUUAAUAAGCGUAAUUUUCUUUUUGCUUCCAGUUUUAAGGGAAAUACACAGAUUUACAAACAUGUCAUAGUUGACUUAAGCGCAUGACACACCAAAUUCUGUGGCUGCCACCAGAAACUUUCUACAGUACAUGAUCCGGAUGAACUCAAUGCAUGAUGACUCUUCUUAUCACACUUGCAAAUGAAUGCCUUUCAAACAUUGAGACUGCUAGAACCAAGCACUACCAGUAUCUCCAUCCUUAACUGUCCAGUCCAGUGGUGUGGGAAGUGACCUUUUAUAAGACAAAAUUGAAUUGUGUGACUGUUCUUUGCAGUGAAGAUGUGUAAAUAAGUGUUUAAUGGUAUCUGUUACUCCAAAAAGAAAUAUUAAUAUGUACUUUUCCAUUUAUUUAUUCAUGUGUUCAGAAACUGCCAAAUAAAAUGUUUACAUUUUCUUUCAUAUCCCAAAGGUAAUUAUUUACAGUUGUUUUAGUCUCAGUGACGGUACAUUGAGGAAAUAGGUUAUACAAUAGGGUUAUGUUUAGAUCGAGAUCUUAUGGUACAAAUAAGGAGUGAAAACGAAACACUGAUAUUCAUUACCCAAGAUUUAUGAACAGGUUUAUCAGCUGUUUGGAUUUGGAACAUUCAAGGGUGUUUCCAAAGGUCAUGGCUUUUAAGAACAUUUUGUGGUAAAAGGGUGACAAAUUUAAAGUGGGGUAGAGAAUUUGCUUAUUACAAGUAGCCUGAUUUGACAUAAAGAAUAGUGAGAUCCAUCCUUUUCCUAUUUGAUAGCUCUAGCUAAAAAAAUUCUUCAAAAAACUUAGAGACAAAGAGAAAGUCAAGUUUUUAAAUUUUAAAAAUGCUAUUUAAGGACUUUCUAAGUGUCUGACCCUAGAAUCAUCUGAGAGCUGAUUGAGGUAACCUUAGAGUACAUGCCUCAAAUUCACUCCAUAUGUGGGCCUCUUAAUCUUAUCAAGGAAGCCUCACUUCUAGACAUC